AAGCUCUCCUUCCCCACUUAUCCAAUGAUGAAAGAGUGGAUCAUGUGAUUCCAUGGUUAAUAGUUCCAAUGAAUAUUCGCCGGAAACAAGACGAGUCCACUUCAGCGAAACACGACAAGGCACUCUUAUACGGAAUCCGACAAGGCAGUAGACGUUUUGCACGCCAUCUUGCGAUCUCGAUGGCCCUUUUGUUGACGGGAGUCAGUUCUUAAUGUGCAGAUCGCAGAAGUGAUUUUGACGGAUAUUUAGUACUACUAUUGUUGUCGUUCCAUGUAAAUACCGAUUUAGAGAAGUUGAAUAGACGAGGAUUGCCGUUGCGAGUCGUGUGUAGGACGAGCAAGAGUAGCGACACCAGGCGUUCUUGACCUCUGCUUGAAUUCGCAAGAAAACGUGGAGAUUCGAAUACAACAAAGUGAAAGUACCUGUAUUUUCUCCCAUCGGUGCAGGAUUUCGUAGCUCUCGCACGCGAAGACGAAGAAAGGAGAUACGAAAACAGCAACAUAAAUCAUUUCAGAAGCCUGUCUCGCUUCUCAACAAUGAGGGAGAUUGACGCGGAGGCCUUCGCUGUAAUACAACGAGUCCUGCAUCCGCCGAAAGGGGCGCACAAUUACGGCGAAGUUCCGUGGGACAUGCAGAAAGUCGGAUUCAUAGAACGGUAGGUUUAUUUGUAUUCAUGAGAGCCUUGUAAAAGCUUGUUCACCUUGUAAUAACAUAGAAAUCCUGUUCGAAACUCGUAGAAAGAUCUGGAUCUCCUGUAUCUCUAUUUUCCCAUAUAAGUACUGUCGUUCGUUUGUGAGUUCUUCCUUUUCCUCUAUUCACUGGCAUGUUCUUGUGGAAUGAGUGUUGUUUUUGACAUGCUUUUGGAAUUAUAUAUUGGCAUGGAUGUCUAUUUUGCUCUCCAGACAGAAAACACUCGUCAAGCUGCGGUGGAAACCUUAUCUGGUGUGGGCGAUAUUAUGAGUGUGGGGAUAAAUCAAUAGUUUGCUAAAUUCAUCGGUCCAUAAAAACAGACACCCAGACAACAGCCAUGAGGAAAAUAAAAGACAGUUAGUCUGUCAUCCUCAGUAGGGGACGAAGGAAAGAGCAGCCAAGCUCAGAAAAUAAUCCCUCGUUGCGACGUAUCAAGUACCCACUACGCCUCUAACGAUAGCGGUCGCAUCCUGUGCAGGAGGAUAUAUGCAAUGGGGAAACUAUGCGGCAAAUAGCUAUAUCAACUACGCGCAAGCAUCCCCGUUUCGGUGGAGCCACUUGCCAGACAUGUUCCUAGACAUGAUACCGAAACCACCAGAGGACAAUUGGAAUUAAGGCUAGUAUCAAACUUGCUGGAUGCAUAGUAGGCUACUACUAUUAGUAGCUAGUAAGUAGUUACUUUCGUGGUUAUGUUUGGUUUUCAAUGGAUCUAGAAGUCGCGUCGUCGGACUUUGUAGCAAUCUGGAUACCCCAAAAGGCCUUACAACAUAUUUGAUGACGAUGUCACCAAGUGAUAACAAAUCAAAAUUCAUUAAGCUAGCCAGAGAGGCUGUAGGUAAGGUGACCGUUGGGAUAGCUCUAAUCGAAAACCGUUGUAGGUGACGUCCUGCCAUACCUGGGAUGCGUCGUAGGGGUGCCGUACCUGGUACAAUUGCAGGAAGGAGAAAAGUGUUGUUGUUGUAGAAGCAAUUUGUACUACAACUAUGAAUCUUUGUUUCCGUGACUAAGUGCCUGGUGACUUUUCUUGCGAUGCACCUGCAUUUUCAAUUAACACCACCUCGCGCUAGGCACAUCAUCGUCAUCAUUCACUGGUGUCUCCCCUUUCACACGACAGGCAGUGAUGGACUAUUUCGUGGUACUUUGUACGGCGGCUCACAUCUGGGCCAGCCACUGGGUCCUGAACGGAAUAGCCGAGAAUACCACGACCUUGCCUUCGUCGUUUGGGUAUGAACGAUGCCUGAAGAAGAGUGGCAUCGAGCACGGCGAUGACCACACAUACGCCGUUGCGAAUACCACAGGUAGUUUAGAUCUUCUUGUAAGCAAGGCAUAUUUCUAGUAGAAGGUAGAGAGUCCUCCAACUCUUCGUUUUGAAUCACAAUAAUUGCUAUUCUAAUUGUUCAUUCUGUCGACAGCUGCAAAUUUCAAGAUGGGAUAAUAUACACUCAGGUUCUUGUGCAGCUAUGAUGUGGAGUGGACACACUUUUACGGUGAUUCUCUGCUUAUGGUCGGUUACCCUGGGACUUGAAGAUCAAUUUCCAGCUCUCUUCUCGAAACGUUUAAACAUUGGCAAAUGGAUCUCAAGUAUAUUUGUUAAUACGCGUGUUUGAUGCAGAUGUUUUCGCCGAGUCGGAAGUCUACUGGUAAGUCGUGCAUAGUACAGGAUUCAAAUCAUCAGGAUGACGCCCAGACGAAGUGUUGAGACUGAAGGCAUGUGGACAACUUAUUCAUCCUAUAAGAGAAUAUCCCACGAUUUACUCUUUUCAACCAAGUUAUACGUCCGUCUCUACUCGGGUCGCCACUGACCAAGGCAGCUAAUUGUAGCUGCUUUUUGAUUCUUGCCAAUGGGCCAAUCAAUGCCUUCACCACAGUUUCACCGCGAGCUUUUCUGUUGUACGGAGUCACGGCUUUUGAGAUGCUGAUUAUCUUAAUCGACCACGGACACUACACUGUGGACCUCUACAUCGCUUGCCUCCUUGGCUGGUUCAUUUUCAGCAACGACAGGAUGCUUUUCUAUUUAUGGUUGGGUGAAAGGUGAAAGUAGUGGGACAAAAGUAUGAAGUACCGGCAAUAAGCAAUAAAGUACAGGUUUUUCACGAUGUACUAGAUCUAGUUUUGACUCAGUCGUACUCAAGAUUUGGCUGAACUGGCCCUCUUCGUCCUCGAACGCCCCUCUCAAUCCUACUACCUAGUGCUAAACUUCAAAUUUACUUAGUAGUCGGCGGGCCUUCCUAAUACGCAGCUGUCUCUUAGUUCCUUGCGAGACAAUCGAUUUUGUUGACUAGAUACACAUACCGCGUUUGCUUCUUCUUCAUACACGUUCUACUACAUGAAUCCGUUUGUUGGCGAGAUUCCCUACGAACGAAACGCGGUUUACAAAGAGUUGUGUUUGCGGAAAAUCGCUUUUCUGUGCGCGCAUGAGGGUGGCCUGGCAUCAUUCAGCGUAGUGGACGAGUCAACCCAAGAAAGCAUUAUGAAGCAGAGUCUUCCUCCAUGAAAAAUAUGUUUUCUUUCGCAAUCUAUAUGCCUAGGCUGUUGUAAUCUUUCAACAAAAGAUUUCUAGCCAAGAAUCAGGUGUAAGUAUGCUGUUGGACGUGUGAUGGUGACCUCGUAGCUGAAUCUAAUCAUAGUAGUCCUGAUAGCAUCAAGCAACUUCCGGAAGGCGCCAAAGCAAAACCUACUGAGGAUCUGUCAGCAAAAGCAUCACCAGGGAAGGCUUCAGGAGGUCCCGGCGCACAGUCGGGGUCUACAGUACCAGCGGGUGGAAGCUGCAGCAACACGGCAAGCGGAAAAGAUAAUGCCGACACCAGCGGCAGUAUAUUAAGGCUCACAUACUUGAUGUUGUUUGUGCAUGCAUACAUGAUUCUCUCGGUGACAAUGGUAUCUCAUAGCGAAUGAAAGCAUGCAUGAUUCGUUGACGAUCCAUGGUAUCUAGCGAAUGAAAUGGAAUAGAGAGUGAGUUGUGGUUGUAGAGCUUUAAGUAAAGCGACAAGUGGACCUACCGUGGAUCCGACAGUUCUUGACAGUGGAGCGGUAAAAUUGGAAGUGGAGGACCCGGUGAGUGGCACCACCAUGGCUACAGGCACCGCAAUAACUUGCGGAGCUGCCAUUGCAGGCCAAAGCACGACGCGUCGAGUCAUUUUUAAUCCUUGGAGGCGCGCAGACCGGGAAAUGGCGAAUUUUUGGACUUAGGGGUGAGAGUUUUCGUCCAUGCCUUCAAUGAUUUUUUUGCGGUCGAUGUGGCUCAUGUCCAGGGAUCUCUGUCGUCCACAAAGGUUAUCAUACUAGAUUCCGUCCCUCCUUUAUUCCAAGUAAAAAUCGCAUAUCCUACUUCUACACAAAAACCGCGCCAUCGGUGCCUCUUGAUGGGUGCCUGAAUGAAGAAACGAUGAGGUAUAACCCGAGACACAUCUUCACUUCGCAAGAACUGUGGGGUAAGAUGAUACAGCC